AUGAAAACUGUUGGUCAAGCAAUUGACUACAGAUGCCUUAUCCGUGCAACUUAUGGGAACAAGGCAAUAUCUUUUCACUACUAUGUGCAGUCACACAUUCAAAUAAAUGAAUAUCGAGAUCGUGUUAUUUUGCCCUUUGCAUCGAAGAAGUAUGGUAAACCUAUCACCACGUGUGUGAAGGUUUUAGAUAUGACUGGGUUGAAGGUUUUAGCACUAAGCCAAAUUAAGUUGUUGACAAUUAUAUCAACAGUUGAUGAUUUGAACUACCCAGAGAAGACAAAUACGUACUGCAUUGUAAAUGUGCCGUACAUAUUCUCAGCUUGUUGGAAGGUUGUCAAGCCCCUUUUGCAGGAGAGGAUAAGGGAAAAGGUACAAUUAUUGUCUGGUUGUGGUACAGAUGAGUUGUUGAAGGUUAUAUUCAACGUUCUUAAAUCAUGA